GGUAAAGUGCGCCCGGUAUCCGCCCAUAUUCGCUUAAAGGAGGCCAACCUGAGCAGCUAGGCCGGACGCUGGAUCAAAUGGAAAGUUCAAUCGAUUAAAUUGUCCACUUUUUCGCAUGUUCCCACUUGCUUCUUAUACGAGGUAGACCGACUUAAAUGCGGGUGUUUCGGUGUGAAAUAGGAAAUGCAGAGAUCGUGUGAAACGAGAGGAUUAUCAGCUUGACUUAUUUGGUCGCUACUUCGGACGCGGAACUCCACUCGCUAAAAGGUGAAUCAUGACAGAAUAUAAGUUGGUAGUGGUGGGAGCUGGUGGCGUUGGCAAGAGCGCACUUACUAUUCAGCUUAUCCAGAAUCACUUUGUGGAUGAAUAUGACCCCACCAUCGAGGACUCCUACAGAAAGCAGGUCGUAAUCGAUGGAGAGACGUGUCUGCUGGACAUCCUGGACACUGCAGGUCAGGAGGAGUACAGUGCCAUGAGGGAUCAGUACAUGAGGACCGGGGAGGGCUUCCUCUGUGUCUUUGCCAUCAACAACACCAAGUCCUUUGAGGACAUUCACCACUAUAGAGAACAGAUUAAGCGAGUGAAGGACUCCGAGGACGUCCCCAUGGUGCUGGUGGGGAACAAGUGUGACCUCCCGUCCCGGACAGUGGACACCAAGCAGGCUCAGGACUUAGCACGCAGCUACGGCAUUCCCUUUAUCGAGACCUCAGCCAAAACCAGACAGAGAGUGGAAGAUGCCUUUUACACUCUGGUACGGGAGAUCAGACUGUACCGGCUCAAUAAGCUCAGCAAGGAAGAAAAGACUCCGCGCUGUGUCAAGCUUAAAAAGUGUGUUGUGAUGUGAAAGGGGGCGUUGACGAUGCCUUUUACACAUUAGUGCGAGAAAUCCGGAAGCAUAAGGAGAAGAUGAGCAAGGAGGGCAAAAAGAAGAAAAAGAAGUCCAAGACAAAGUGUACACUUAUGUGAAUGACCACCCCUUUUCAAGACAGACAAAAAAAAAAGAACUAUGUUGAACAGUUAAAGUAAUACAUUUUGUACAUUACACUAAAUUAUUAGCCUCUUUCUCAAUACCCACCAUACUGAAUACUAAACCUGACCCAUUUUUUUUCCCUGCCUUUUUAUUAUUUGCUACUUUGACACCGAUAAGCUUUAUUUUCAGUUUAGUGCCAGUUGCCCACGUGUUGGUCCAACAGCCUGUUUGAUUUUUUUUGAUUUUUUUUUUUAUGAUGAUUAUGUUGAUUUGGAUAUUUUUUACACACCUGCCGAACUGUGAGCUAAUUGCAUCACAACUCAUGUUUGACCAAUUUAUUAUUUACCAACUUAUCAUUUUAGCCCCCCCCCCCCCCCCCCCCCCUUGCUCAAAAAGGUCACAACCCGCAAACAUUCUGUAAUGCCUUUUUAAGUCUGGGAUGCCAAAGAAUGAAUUUCCAUCCCAAUUUUUGUAAACAAGAUAUGAAGAGGGGACCAACAUUCAGCCAGUUGAGAUCCAAAUGUCCCAGCCACUGUGUAAUUUCCCCAUCUCUAAUGACCUUCUUAUGUCACUGAUCUAAGUAUGCAUGCAAACUCCUACUCUUCUCCCAAUGUUGUUACACCCUAAUUAGUUUUUAAUUAGCAGUUUGUCAAUGCUUUGUACUGUGGGGAGGGAUUUCUUGCCUACACAAGUUAUUUGUUUUUUUUUUGCAUGCAUUGAGUCCUAGAUGACAUGGGUAUUGCAAACUGCCUCUGGUUGAUACAUUUAACAGAGCCAGCAACGAGAAACUCUGACCCAAGUGGACAUCAUACCGUCUUUGUUUUUCAGGUUUAUAUAAACCAAUAAUUACUUGCUUUUGUGAGAAAGAAAUCGGCCAUUUUAGCUUGAUUAAUGACAAAUUCAGAGAAUCAGAUUUUUACCCGUUUUGGGAUGAUAAAACGGGACUAGCGGUUGUUCGGCCACAGGCAUUUUAUGACUGUAUAUAUAUGAUAUAUCUAAUAUACUGUAUAUAUCUUCUUAUACAGUCGUCUAUGCUUGUCACAAACGGCUUGUUUGACCUUAGUGGUCACACAUUUCUUGCUUUUCCUUAGGCUUGACUGCAAGAUUGUUUUAUUAUCCUGAAAAUAAUCAUUUCAGUGCUAAAUGAUACAAAACGGGUCCCUUGUCAAUAUCCUCUUGAUCAAGGUGUCACAUGUCAGCUCAUUAUUCAAAAAGGACUCGCUAUUUUCUGGUAGCUGGCCACAGAGGUGUCAAUGCCCUGCCCAUUUUCCUCAGCUGUUGACUCGUUCGCUUGUGACUGGCUAUAAAGCAAAAUGCAUCUUUUAAGCAGCUUUCAGGAAUAUUUCUCGUGGUGUGGUGUCACAGAGGUUGUUCAAAAUGUUAUGUUGUCCACAUGGGUUUUCAGAUUCUUCCCUUCUGCGGAGCGUUUGGAUUAAUUUCUUAAGGUGUUGAACUUGUUUGGGGGGGAAGCCUUUCAACAGACAUGAUUGUCCAGCAAAGUUAUUUGUCAUUUUCUCUCUCAAAGGUUGUGUAUCGUGAUGGUGUAACUGGAGCUGAUGUUUGUAAAUGAGGCAAUAAUUUGCCAUAAAAUUGGUUUUUAGAGAAGAUUGCCUGCAUUUAUAU